AUGAGCUAUAUGGAGUGGCACCCAAGCCGUUUUUUCCACUCUGAGGGGAGUUCGGUACCGUACGCCCUGUUAAUAUUGAACCAGCCAAUCAAUGAGAGGGCGUAUGAAGUAUUGAGUGAACAUGGGUAUCCAAGCAGCUUCUUAUCUGUCUGUGCAGCUUGCUACGUUAUAUGUGCCGAUGGUGGUGCGAAUCGGCUCUACGAUUUAACGAAAAAUCAAGGGCAAGAGUUAACGGAACUUCCCAAUGUCAUUGUUGGUGAUUUGGACUCUCUUCAUCCGGCGGUACGAGAGCAUUAUAGACAGCUGGGAGUCACUAUUUUGGAAGAUCCAGAUCAAUAUUCAACGGAUUUCACCAAAUGCUUGAAACAUCUCAAUACCCAUGCGUCCGAGAUCAUCGCAUCGCCUCGUCGACCUCGAGACUCUGCGUCUCAAUUAAGCUCAGAUCUACUUGAAGUUGUUAUUCUUGGCGGCCUAGGUGGUCGUGUUGAUCAAGCCUUCUCACAAAUCCAUCACCUGUACAUGAUGACUGAAACACAACGAGAGCUUCGUGAAAUCCAGCACAGUACUAGUGGCACAAAUGUCCCUCUUGGUGGUGACAAAACCCCCAGAUUGGCUACCGGUGGCAGUCUCUAUCUAGUUUCCGAGGAAAGCAUCACUUUUGUUCUACAUAAAGGCCGGAAUAUCAUUUACACGCCCGCCACGAGACGUGCAGAUCUUGUCCAAGCUGCUCCAGCCAAUGGACCACAGCCUGGAACCUCCGAAUCGCCUCGGAGUGGCAAGCUUGUGGAACAGGGAACAGAAUACUUCUUUGAAGAAAACGUUGGCAUCAUUCCUCUGUCUGCUCCGGCGACUAUUACCACCCAGGGCUUUGAGUGGGAUGUGCAGGACUGGCCCACUGAGAUCGGGGGUCAAAUAUCGACCAGUAAUCAUAUUCGAGCAGAAAGGGUUGAAGUGGAGACCUCAGUCCCCGUGCUGUUUACGGUAGAAUUGGCGCACAGACUAAAGAGGUGA